AUGCCUCUCCAGUCCACUCCGUCGGGCAGGAGCUCCGGCUCGACCAAGGCCAUCAACACGCAGUCGGACGGGAAGUCGUUUGAGCAGCUGAGGCAGGAGUGUCUGCAGAGAGGGGUACUGUUUGAGGAUCCAGACUUCCCCGCCGUUGACUCCUCACUCUUCUACAGCCAGAGUGUUCCCAUCCAGUUUGAAUGGAAGAGGCCCAAGGAGCUCUGCAACAACCCCAAGUUCAUUGUCGGCGGUGCAAGCAGGACAGACAUUUGCCAAGGACAGCUUGGAGACUGCUGGCUCCUGGCAGCCAUCGCAUCCUUGACCCUUAAGAAAGAUGCACUGGCCAGAGUCGUCCCCCACGACCAGGAUUUUGACCGCAGAUAUGCUGGCAUCUUCCACUUCCAGUUCUGGAAGCACAACCAGUGGCUGGACGUGGUGGUGGACGACAGGCUGCCGUCGGUGAGGGGACAACUGGUCCUGCUGCACUCUGCCUCCAAUAAUGAGUUCUGGAGCGCACUGCUGGAGAAAGCCUACGCCAAACUGCAUGGGAGCUACGAGUCCCUGAAGGGCGGCAGCACUCUGGAGGCCAUGGAGGAUUUCACCGGUGGUGUAGCGGAAAUGUAUGACACCAAGAAAGCCCCUGACAAUCUGUUCUACAUCAUGAAGAAGGCCCUGGACAAAGGCUCCAUGAUGGGAUGCUCUAUCGAUAUCUCCAGCUCUGCAGAGUCUGAAGCUAAGACGAGCAGCGGCCUGGUGAAGGGACAUGCAUACUCCAUCACAGGCCUGGAGGAGUUGAAUUUCAGAGGGCGGUCAGUCAAGCUGAUCCGGAUCAGAAACCCCUGGGGUCAGGUGGAGUGGAACGGCCCGUGGAGCGACAACUCCAGAGAGUGGGAUUACAUCGACAAAGCAGAGAAAAAUCGCAUCCUGCAAAACUCAACAGACGACGGUGAAUUCUGGAUGGAGUUCAGUGACUUCCAGGCAAACUACGACAAGGUGGAGAUCUGCAACAUGACCCCUGACUCCCUCACGGACAACACCAAGCGCCACUGGGAGGUCAGCCUGUUUGAGGGAAGCUGGAUCCGUGGCUCCACCGCAGGAGGCUGCAGGAACUACAUCGACACGUUUUGGACCAACCCGCAGUUCAAGCUGGUUCUGGAGGACGCCGACGACGAGGACGAUGUGUGCAGCGUGGUCAUCGCCCUGAUGCAGAAGAACAGACGCCAGCUGAGGAAGGAAGGUCUGGACCUGGAGACCAUCGGCUUUGCUGUUUACGAGGCCCCAGAUGAUGGAGACCAGCAGGGAAAGGAUUUCUUCCGCUACCACGCCUCUAAGGCUCGCAGCAGGACCUACAUCAACAUGCGGGAGGUGUCAGAACGCUUCACGCUGCCUCCUGGGAAAUACCUGCUGGUCCCCACCACCUUCCAGCCUCACCACGAGGCCGACUUCAUCAUCCGCAUCUUCUCCGAGAAGAAGGCCGAAGCUAUAGAGAUGGGGAGCACCAUUGAUGCCGACCUGCCAGAUCCACCGAUGCCCAGUGCCCCAGAGGAGGAAACAGAUGAGGAGAAAGGCCUGAGGAGGCUGUUUGAACAGCUGGCUGGAGCAGACCAUGCCAUCUCUGUCAGGGAGCUUCAGCAGAUGCUGAACGGUGUUCUCAGCAGACGAAAAGAGAUCAAAUUUGACGGCCUGAGUCUCAGCACCUGCCACAGUAUCAUCAACCUAAUGGACGUGGACAACACAGGGAAGCUUGAGUUCCAAGAGUUUAAAGUUUUCUGGGAGAAGAUGAAGAAGUGGAUUAUGCUCUUCCUGUCCUUUGACACUGACCGUUCAGGGAAGAUGUCGUCCUAUGAGCUCCGAUCGGCCCUCAAGGCUGCAGGAAUGCAGCUGAACAAUCGGCUCCUGCAGCUGCUCGGUUUGAGGUUUGCUGACGACAAGUAUGACAUCGACUUUGACGACUAUCUCACCUGCAUCGUCCGAAUGGAGAACAUGUUCAGAGUUUUCCAGGCUAUGGACCAACACAAAGGGGGACGAGUGAGGAUGAACAUUAUGCAGUUCCUGAUGUUGUCGAUGAAUGUGUGAGGAGAUGCUCUAAGCAACCAGAAGCCACCAGAAGAACAUAACGACGUUGGAGUGAAACAUUUUAAA